AUGGAUCUGGAUCAGGCCGAUGAAUUCGGGAUGGUCUUGCAUUUUUUAAACGACCCCGAGAGCCUCCAGAAUGCGAUCUAUACUACAAAGGGUACGGCAGGUAGUAUGUCAUACUCUAGCUUGGAGCGCUCGUUUGGGUCUAAUGCCCCGAAUCUGUUGAACCCCAACCAUGACAUAUCUAACCAACAUCCACAGAUCAGCCGGAAUCUCCGCGCCCGUAUUCAGGCAGUCUUUGAGCAAAGGGGCAGCCGGGACUUUUCCUUGUGUAAUUGCAAGUAUAUCCCCAAGGCUAGUCCUAAGGCUCCUUGUGUUGGCCAUGACCAAGAAUUCCAAGAUACCUGGGAAACUAAACAGGACAAGUUAGCGGAGUUAAGAGGUCAUGCGCGGGUAACUGGAGGUAUACUGAUGCUUUGCCCAGACCUUCAGGAAAGAAUCAGGAUUCAUGGUGUGCUAGGUAAAGGAACUUUUGGAAUAGCAUUCCUUGCUCAAGAAGGGGAUAAAGAUGCAGUAGAACCCGUCACAGAUCCCGAGCACUAUGCGAUCAAGGCCCAAGGGCACCAGACGAGGAUAUAUGAUUUGAUGGAAUCCAUCUCAUACCCGGAGAUGGUUCAGUUUAUGGAGCCUACCGGGAGGCAACACUAUAUUCCGGAGGAGGCUGUUAUACUAAUAUAUCUCAACAACAGUGAAAGAUUCCCCACCGUCGACUCAAUUUACACACACGGUAUGCAAUGGACAUUGGUGAUGCAAGCUUGUGGUGACGAUUUCCCAGAAGGAAAGGCUGACAUUCUCGAUCAGGAUGCCUUUCUACGAAGAAGGAGGCAAAGCAGAACUUUGAAAUAUGUGCUGCCAACGUUCCCGCCUUUCUCGGGGGUGUAUCUGAUCAACGCCGACAACCAUGAGAUCCAGGUGAGCGAAGAGCAAGGUUGCAAGAUUGCAGAACAAUUUUUACAAGGUAUGGUUCAUCUGGCUGAUAUGGGCAUCUACCAUGGUGAUAUUUCAGAGAACAAUUACAUCCUGGACCGAGACCUGAACGUCCAAUUGAUUGAUCUAGGAAAUUCUGACUUUUCACUCACUGCGGACGGCUUUCAAUCUAAAUAUCAGGGACAUAUCCCUUAUCAGGAAUACCAGAUGAGACCGGAGAUGGCCGUUGAGCUCAUGAAACACGAGCAACGGUGGCAGGAUGAAGGUUCAGCGCGACGUGAUGCAAAUGGUAUAGCUCGAGAGCCUAGUGAGGUGUACUUGCCAACUGACAAAAGACAAGUUUCUCUGUGGAAAUAUUCGGCGAUUGUGUACGGAUUUAUACACGGCUACUGGCCAUGGGAGAGACGAGAGGUUUGCGAAAAAUGGCACGGGGAUUUUUCUGCGAAGUAUGAGGACCCGAAGUACACCAUGGUCAAGAAUAGACGCAAGAGGAUGAUCAACGAGGAUAUAGCAACGCAUGAGACCCUCUCCCAGGACUGUCAGGAUGUGCUACAAGCUGCGCUGGCUAGAAACCCAGAGGACCGGCCAGACAUACAAGAGAUGGCUUCGUUCCCUUGGUACUCUUCAUGGUCUGCUGCAGAAGCCGAAUCCGGCCGACCUCUCAAGCGACCUCGCGUUGACCGUUACGAGGAAGCACAAAUCUGGAAGGGUCGCCCACCCCCUGGACAGAUAUAA